AUGAACCAAGGCCGCAUCCUAUUCCUAGACGCCUACGACUCCUUCUCGAACAACAUCGUAAGCCUGCUACGCGACAGCUUACCAGUCACCGUCGAGUGUAUUAAGAUCAACGAUGCUCGCUUCGUCCUCAACGACGAAGCCUUCCGCCACUACCUUCAUGGCUUCGACGCAGUUGUUGCAGGUCCUGGACCUGGCCAUCCAGCCAACCCCGUGGAUGUCGGAGUGAUCGGGAAGCUGUGGAGUCUCUCGGAUGAUGACCUACUGCCGGUGCUUGGAAUAUGUUUAGGGUUCCAAAGUCUUGCCCUUGCCUUCGGCGCAAGUGUCCACCGUCUGCCACGCCCCAGGCAUGGCCUGGUCAGGCAAAUUGAGCACUGUGACAGUGAUAUCUUUGCAAAUGCAGAUGAACUCAACGCGACUCUGUAUCACUCCUUGCACGUCCGGCUGCGCCAAUUGGCAGAGCUCAUACCAUUAGCGCGGACAGAGGCUACCGCUGAUGGCGAUCCGAUAUUGAUGGGCUUGAGACACCGCUCAAAGCCCUUCUGGGGUGUUCAGUAUCAUCCGGAGUCCGUAUGCUCCAGUGGCGGGCCGGGGCUUGUGCAAAGAUGGUGGGAUGCUGUGCGCAAAUGGAAUGCGCGUGCUCAACCCGCGCCUCGCAAUGUGGGGUGGAUGUCAGUGCAGCUUCCGCAUGACUUUAACGUAGCGAGCCUUGUCAGUACCAUUCGGAAUAGUUGGGACAGGGAACCGUUCCUGUUGGAGUCAGGUUGCCGUGAAGGAAAGCCGAUUAAUUCGGAGACUGGCCGCUUCACCAUCAUCGGUAUGCGUGGUCAGGGAUCGCUGCAGCUGUGCUGGUCUACUGUGGAUAAGGUGUUCAUGGUCGCAAAGGGGGAGUGCACUAUUUCGCGGUCUAAAGCGGACGCGCCGGAUGCUUUCAGACUACUCGAUGAGCAAUUAGAGCAAUACACGGCCACCGACGGUCUGGCAGAGGUACCCUUCUGGGGCGGCUUGGUAGGCUAUAUCUCGUAUGAGGCUGGCUUAGCUACCAUAAAUGUGGCGCCAACCAACACUCCAGCUGUCCGGCCUGACAUCUGGUUCGAGCUCGUUGAGCGAUCGGUAGUCAUCGACCACGUACUGAAUGCGGCAUACGUACAAAGCAUAAAAGCGAAGGACGAGGUCUGGCUGUCGGAGAUGGAGAGCCUACUUCGCCUUCCAUAUACACCACCUUUCACGCCGCCUGGGGUGGAGAGCACAUGUACAGGCUGCAUUGUAAGCGGUCCGGAUCAGCAUGACUAUUGCCGCAAAGUCAGCGCUUGCCAGGAUGAGCUACGUGCAGGCGAGUCCUACGAGCUGUGUCUGACCGAGCAAACUCUUGUACGCAACGCCGCAGAGCCGUGGUCGCUAUAUCAGGAGCUUCGUCAUACCAACCCGGCGCCUUUCGGCGCCUAUCUCCGCUUCCAUGACGGAGGCGAAGUCGGACUCGAUGUAAUCGGCAGUAGCCCGGAGCGCUUUCUGUCAUGGUCACGGAGUGGCAGAUGCCAGUUCCGGCCCAUCAAAGGGACAGUGAAGAAGACGCCAGGAAUGACGAGGGAAGACGCGGAAGCAAUAUUGUUCUCUGAGAAAGAGCAGGCGGAAAACCUCAUGAUUGUAGACCUGAUCAGACAUGACUUGAGCGGUACCCCUGGGUCACACAACGUAAGCUGCCCGAAGCUUAUGCAGGUGGAGGAGUACGAAACGGUGUUCCAGCUUGUCUCUGUUAUUGAAGGUGACAUUGAUCGGUCUGUUUCGCCAAUGGCGGCAUUGUCGGCCUCAUUACCACCUGGCUCGAUGACUGGUGCGCCGAAGAAGCGCUCUUGUAAGAUCUUGAGGCGUCUAGAAGGUGUGGACAAGCCUAGGGGUUUGUAUAGCGGCGUGGUAGGCUAUCUUGAGGUAGGCGGUGGCGGUGAUUUUUCGGUCGUCAUCAGAACAGCUUACAAGUGGUUCGGUGAGGACAGCUGGCACGUUGGGGCGGGAGGGGCAGUGACGGCUCUAUCGGAUGAGCAGGCGGAAUGGGAGGAAAUGUUGGCGAAGCGCCAAAGCCUGCUUGAUGUGCUUCUGGGAGCUACUUAA